AUGUCGACACCCUCAAAAUCAAGCGACAAUGCCGUCUCUGCUUCGGCCAAAGGAGCCUCUUUUCUGAUCCUACUUCAGAUCGGCUCUCGCGCCCUUACCUUCGCAUUGAAUCAGAUUCUCCUUCGCUUUUUGUCUCCAGAGUUGCUAGGUGUCAGCGUACAAUUGGAGUUGUACUGCAUCUCAGUCCUCUACUUUGCACGCGAGAGCCUGCGAGUGGCUUUGCAACGAAGGGCCGAUGGCACACAAGCUGUAAUCAACAUGUCCUAUCUCGCCAUUGCUGCUGGAGUGCCUCUAAGCUAUGCACUUGCAGAGUUGUAUCUGCAAACAGAGGUGCCCAAGGUGCCAUUCUUGAUCCAAUCUUUAAGGGUGUAUGGUAUUGCGGCUAUGGUUGAGCUGUUUGCAGAGCCGAGCUUUGUGGCUGCGCAGCAGAAAAUGUUGUAUAAAGUUCGUGCUUCUGCUGAGGCUGCUGCGACAAUCAUGAAAACGUUUGCUACUGUGGGAUUGGUUGUGUGGGCAAGCCGCCAAGGCAGAGAUUUGGGUGUGUUGCCUUUUGCUGUUGGGCAGUUGGCUUAUGCUGCAUCGUUGUUGGUGGUAUAUUCUGCGAGACUUGUUCUGGUGGCGAGAUCAGAGGGCUUCUCUUUGCUUCCAUAUAGUAUCCAGAGCAAAACCGAAAAGUUCUGGCUGUCUCUUUUCUCACAGCCUUUGCUUAAUCUUUCAUUGAGUUUGACAGUGCAAUCGAGCAUCAAGUAUGUGCUCACACAAGGAGACUCUCUUCUCAUCGCAUCUUUGGCCUCGCUUCAAGACCAAGGAGCCUACGCAUUGUCCUCAAACUAUGGUGGUCUGAUUGCCCGGAUGCUGUUCCAACCCAUCGAAGAAGCCUCUCGCAACCUCUUCGCCAAACUCUGCGCACCAACUACCUCAUCUGCACCUUCUAAGCAACCCGAAUCAAAGGAAGAUGAAAACGGCAUCAAACAGGCCAAUAAUACUCUCACCCUCAUCUUGAAAGCCUACUCCCUGAUCUCUUUGGUCGCUUUUGCUGCUGGUCCUACCGUCGCACCCGUCCUCCUCUCCCUCGUAGCAGGAAGUCGCUGGUCUCACACCGGCGCCGGCGAAGUUCUGGGGUGUUACUGCUAUUACAUCCCUCUGCUCGCUCUAAACGGCGUGUCCGAGGCUUUCGUCGCUGCUGUGGCCGACAACAAGCAAUUAUACACCCAAUCAAUCUGGAUGGGUGGGUUCUUCGCAGCCUUUGCGGGCUCAGCAUAUCUCUUCCUCAGAGUGUUGGAGAUGGGAGCUAAAGGGCUGGUAUGGGCCAAUUGUGUCAACAUGGCUUGUAGGAUCUUGUUCAAUCUGUCGUUUGUCAAGAGCUUCUUUGCGAAGAAGGGACAGGCUUUCGAUGUGAUGAAGAUCCUACCUUCGGCUGUAAGUAUCGCUAUCGCGGCGGUAGUGCCUAGCAUCUUCAAAGCGACUGCUGGAUCGUUGUCAAAGUACGGUAUUGUUGGCGAGCUUGCAAGAAUCGGCGCUAUCACUGGUGUCUUUGUUGUCGCGUUGGCGGUAUCAGAGCGCAAGUUCCUCAUUCACGUUUACAAGCAAAUUAGACCAUGA